CCCAUGCCCCUCCUGCCCCAUCCUGCACUCGACCCUCCUGCCUCCAUGUCCCCCAUGCCUCUCCUGCACCCCAUGCCCCUCCUGCCCCAUUCUGCACUCCAUGACCUUCCUGCCCCCCUGCCCCAUCCUGCACUCCAUGCCCCUCCUACCCCCAUGCCCCUCCUGCCCCCAUGCCCCUCCUGCCCCAUUCUGCACUCCAUGCCCCCCAUGUCUAUCCGGCCCCCGUGUUGCACUCCAUGCCCUUCCUGACCCCUCUUCUCUCCUGCUCUGUUGCAGCUGUGGUGGGAGCAGCACCAGUGGAGCCGCCAUGGAGUGGGCCAAGCUGCGCACCUACACCCGAGGCGCGAGGCGGAAGAAGGCUGCACACUGCUCUUCCCCAGUGCCAGGCUUGGCAGCCUCCGCCCUGUGCCGGGCAGGCAGCAGCAAUGCCAAUGCCCGCCAGCACCUCUUCUCCCCUCCUGCCUGGGAGCGCCACGUCCCAAGUAAUCUGAAAGGAAAUUCCAAGAUGAAAACCUUACCAAAAAUCAAAGAAAAGGCUGAAGUGGCCCAAGUGAGCAACAGUUCAUCUAGUCAGAGUGUACAAGUAAUUAACAAAGAAGUUACGGGCAUGGAAGAAAGUGAAGACAUCAGGGAAAAAAGUGCUACUCUAAUGAAGGAAUCUUUGCCUAUCAACUCUGAAAGUAAAGAGAGUUUGAGAACUACCGACACUACUUCAGGAAUUACUCUGCCAACUGGUGUUUCUACCUUUCUGCUGGAUUGUUUAGACUUGGCUUCCUCUAAAGAUGUCAGUGUGGAAACUAAUGAUAGUAUGGAUAGCUGCUCAUCACCUGAAACAUUCAGAGAUGAUGAUGGCUUAGACGGAUAUUAUUCCAAUCCUGAGGCGUAUUUCAAAUGUAAGAAUUCUACUCUACUGGACACCAGCAAAGCAGUGACUAUUGAUAAGGUGCCACAACUUGCAAAUCUUUCAGAGAUAUUAGAACCUGUACUGGAGGAUCUUCAAGACCAGUAUGUUGGAAGAGAGAAACCAUCAACAUGCAGUAACAAUCCUUCUGAUUUGACAAGUGCUUCAGCUGUUGUUGUUGCAGGAAAACAAGUAUGUAAAAUUAUACCUGAGAGAGAAAAAACUCCAGAUGUAACACCUCACACUUUGUGUCCCUUACCUCCAAGAUCAAAGAGGAAGCUUGAUGCUCAAAUUGCUAAACCCAAAAACUUGAAGUGCAAGAAAAAGGUAAAAUUCAGUGAGCAGGUAAAAGGGGGAACAUCUUUGUCCUGUCAUCUUGAAUCUACUGUGGAUCACAUCACAACUAAAGCUGUGAGAUUGACAGCAGACGUACUGUCAUCUGAACAGCCAGUGUGUGAAAAGGAAACGAGUUCCGCAGGACUGGUCACAGAAAAAACCAGAGAACUGCUAACAAGCACAGGAUACUUUCACCCAGAAGAUUUAGAGUUUAACUUGUCACCAGUGUGCAAGGCAUCCUCUGAUGAAGAUUUAUUCCUAAAUACAACGGGUCCAUAUGUGAAUUCAGCAGAAAUUAUUCCUGCACCUCUGAGUCCUGAAGAAACAACUGUAUAUCAGUCUCCACAUCAGAGACGAGAAAUCUGCUCCAUUGUUAAAGCUUCACCAGGUGUUAGACCAUCUGAGCAUUGCCUAAUUCCAGUUAGUGGCAGUGUGUUUCUUCCUCCUGAAGGGAUGCCUGAAUGUAAUGGAAACAGGAGAAUGUUUCAUACACAAAUGACAGGUGACUGAGAGUGGGAGGAAUUGUAUGUUUUUAUGAAUGUUAUUACAAGUACCAAAAACUGGGUCUGCAGUAACCGUAGCUAAGCUGUUUGCAUGUCACAAGAAGUAGAAACUAGUAAAGGUUCCACCUUAGGGUGUGAAAUGUCUGACUGAGGAAUGGAAGAGAAUACUCACAAGUGCAAACUACACAUGCUGGUGGUUUAUGUAUUAUCUGGGCUGUAAGUCUGUAAAUGCUUUAUUUAAAAAAAAAAAAAAGAUCAUUAAAGUUUUUUUUUAUACUUACAAAUACAUUUGACUUUGGGCA